CGGCAACUCAACUCUAUUGUUUGUGGUUCGCUGUCAUCACAUGGAUUGAAUUGCCGCUGACGCUAAAAGUUUUUUAUUUGCAUUCCGUGCUAGUUUGAGCUAGUUAGUCUAGUCAUGGAAAGUUUUAUUUACGAAACUCUUCCCUUUAUUUUGGGGUUAUUAUGUGUACUUCUCUGCUAUUUGUAUUAUGUUCAUGCAUCCAAUAAACCGGAUUCGAACCAUAACGCUGAGAAAAGAAAUGCAGAUGUAAAUGACGAGAAACCUGCAGCUGAACAACAAGCUCAAAAGGUUUCAUCAAAACCUAAAAAGAUUCCUGUGGUGAAGAAAAAAGAAGUAAAGGACACUUACAGCCAUCCUUGGUUACUUACUAAUUUGAAAGGACAUAGUGGAGAAAUCUUGGAUUUGGAUUUUAGUGCAAAUGGGAAGCAAUUGGGUUCUUGUGCUACUGAUCGUGCUGUGAUGUUAUGGGCUGUGAAAACAUUUACUGAGAAAAAUCAUAGGUCUGUUCGUGCCAAUAUUGAAUUUGACCAUGCUACUCAAAUCAAAUGGAGUCCUGAUUCAAAGGCUUUCAUAAUAUCUACUGAAAUUGGUAAUACCAUCCAAGUUUACAAAGUUGGAAAGAAAAGUGAUGGUUCUCUUGGAAACUUUGAAUUGAUACUGACUUUCCCAAGUACCCAUAAAGCUAAUAUCAUAAAUAUUGGAAUUGCUUGCAAUGGCCAUUUUAUCAUGAGUUGUUCUUGUGAUACUACAAUUAUUGUUUGGGAUUUAAAAGGGCAAGUACUUGCAACUGUUGAUACCUUACAUAUCAACAAUUAUUAUGCUUGUGUGUCUCCAUGUGGAAGGUUUAUUGCAUCAUCAGGAUUUACUCCAGAUGUUAGAGUUUGGGAAGUAAUUUUCUCUAAAACAGGAGAAUUUAAAGAAGUGAAAAGGGCAUUUGAGCUAAAAGGACAUACAUCUGGCAUUUAUUAUUUUGCUUUUUCGAAUGAUUCCUCUAGAAUGCUUACAACAUCCAAGGACGGGACAUGGAAAUUAUGGGACACAAAUAUUGAAUACAGUAAAGGACAAGAGCCAUAUUUAUUGAAAAGUGUUAAUCAUGGAAUCAAUUCUAAAUGUGUUUGUGCUAUUUCACCUGACGGCAGAACUGUUGCUAUAGCAUCUGUUUCUGCAUCAGAUGUUUUUCUGUAUUCUGCUAUAACCGGUGAACUUCAAGCUGAAUUGAAAGAAAUUCAUCCAGAUCCAGUUCAGUGUUUACAGUUUUCUCCAGAUGGUCAGUAUUUAGUUGUGGCAGCAGGAAGACAUGUCAGAAUAUUCCACAAUGUUCCUGGAUUCCAAAACAUAAUCUUGGGCUUAGAAGAAGCAAAAAAGAAUGCAAAAAAUGCAUCAAUGAGGGAUCGUCUACAGGCACAAAUAGACGAAGCUAAGGUGGUGCUGAAUACUUUUGGAAAGAGUUAAUUUUUUUAAUACUUUUCUACAAGUACAAAAUUACAUUUUUAUACUGAAAUAUUUUCAGUACAUCUCAUAUACAUUUGAAUGGUCCUUCAAUAAAUCAUGUCAACUGUA